UGUGUGGGCCUGAAUUAACUCUGCCUGUGAAGGGACAAAGGAUCACUUGAGUUCUGGCGGAGGCCUUAUGACAAACACAACUGACUACCACAUGACGGCAUCUUGAGAUUUUUUAUGAUUUUUUUGUGGCCAAAUUCUUCUACAGGACUCAUCUAGACAGACUGCAACUGACAACCAAGUGACCAACUGACUAAGCAUGGUGUUAAACCUGAUCCGUUUCAUUAGAGAGUGGUGGAGGUAUAUCCUACUUUACUUCUUCAUGAUGUUCCUCUACUUCGGCAUGGUCAUUGGUUGUUUUUGCUCUUAUGUACUAACCUGCAAGUGUUGUCGUCGUCGUCGCAGGAGAUGCCCUAUUCAUUCCGGUCCUAUGACUUCCGGUACUGCGACUUCCGGUACAUUCCACUAUGACACGUCUAUGACAGGGGUGGCAGAGAGGCUCAGGAGAAGUCCUCACAACUACACGAAAAUCACCUACCACUCGGUAGAUCCAUCAAUGAAACGAGUAAAGCGUGUUCUGUACCCAGUAAAUAAUCCUAAUAGCCCAGAAAGAGCCGAAGUUGAUCUUUUUCAUCCAGAUUAUUUUAGAGGUCAUGAUUAGUUACUUCUUGUUUCUUCUAUAUAUACUUUUAACUCUACAAUUUUAGCCUAUAUAUAUAUUGUUUUGUGUGUUUGAAAAUGUAUAACCCAACCUAUUCUAUUUAGCUGAUUUACGUGUGUCAAUUACAAGACUUAUUGUGUUCAAAGCGUAAUAAGUUGCACUAAGUUACCAAAUAUUUACAAAAUAUAUUAAAACCAUUACUAUUUUAAACUAACUCAGAGUGUGGAAUAAAAAAAUGAGUUCACUAUUAA